AUGACAGCUGACCGGAAACUGCCGACUGUUCACCAUUUUCACGUCAUUUUUCUUUCGUUCCUUCCUUCAUUCCUUUCGCUUGCAUCUAUCACUCAUCUUUGUUCUGUCGCUUUCUUCCAUUUACGCCCUCCUUUGUUCACGACUUUUUAUUUCUUUUUUUUUAGAAUCUAUCUCUUUUUUCUUAAAUUUGACUACAAAUUCUGUUUCGUUUCUUUUUUUAUUUUAUGUUGUAUAUUUGUUUUCUUUUUCUUUUUUUUCUUUCUUUCUUUCUUUCUUUCUUUCUUUCUUUCUUUCUUGCUUUCUUUCUUUCUUGCUUUUUACUUGCUUAGUUUCUUUCUUACAUUUAACCAUAAGAACUUUUCACUUUUGUUAUUGUUUUACAAUUGUUGCUUUUAUUUCAUUCAUUCAUCUUUUCUUUCUAAUCUGUAUUUUAUACUGGGUACUUUCUUUCUUUUUUUCUUUCUUUACUCGUUUUUUUUUCUUUCUUUCAUUUCAGCUUUCGUUUCUUGCUCUCAUUAUAAUGAUGGAUACUUCGUUUCUUUCGUUCUUUCUUUUGUUCUUUCUUUGUUUGUGUGUUUCUUUCUUUCUUCUUCUCUUAUUUUUCUCGAUUCUUUCUUUCUUUUUUCUUUCUUUUUUCUCCUCUUAUUGUUAUCUAUCUAUUCAUCUAUCUAUCUAUCUAUCUAUCUAUCUUCUCCUCUCAUUGUUAUCGAUCCUUUCUUUCUUUUUUCUUUCUUUUUUCUCCUCAUAUUGCUAUCUAUCUAUCUAUCUAUCUAUCUAUCUAUUCAUCUAUCUAUCUCUCAUUGUUAUCGAUCCUUUCUUUUUUAUCUUUUUCUCAGUCAUAUUGCUAUAUAUCUAUCUAUCUAUUCAUUAUCUAUCUAUCUAUCUAUCUAUCUCAGUCUGUUUAUCUCCAUCUAUCUAUCUUCAGUCUGUUUUGAUCUAUCUUCAUUAUCUAUCAUCUAUUCAUUCAUCUAUUUUCUAUCUUUUUCUUCCUUUUCAUUGUUAUCGAUUAUUUUUUUCUUUUCUUUCUUUUUCUUUUCUUUUUCUCCUCCUUAUUAUCUUUCUUCUUUCUUUUUCUUUUUUUUCCUCCUUGAUUCUUUUUCUUUCUCUCUGAAUCCGACGUUGGAAAUUUAUUCAUUUCUUUCUUUCUUUCUUUUUUCCCUCGUUUCCAUCUUUUCAUCUUUGUCCUUAAUUUCUUUUCAUUCUUCCUUACAUAUUCUCGAUUCUUCUUUUUCUCUUUUUCUAUUCUCUUAA